AUGAACGAUGGUUUGCGGGGGACGUACUCGGCGCUCCAGGGCAGCCCGUUGGCUUCACCGACAUCUUCGAGACAGGGCGAUGGGUCUGCGUCAGCUGCUCGGUCAUCGAAAAAGCGGCGGGUCCACGGGACUGCCCCCGAGGAGGUGGUAGCUUCGGUCGACCCAGUAGCCGCAUCGCGUCGCCUGGCUCCGCAAGUGUCCCUCAACGAAUAUGUGGGUUAUGCAGGCGCGGUGACACGCGUGCGGGAAGCGGUCGUAGACCAGUUGUCAGCGCGUGAGUCGUAUGCGGCGCUGGGCGUUGAUGGUCCACGGGGCGUGCUCGUGCAUGGACCACCAGGAUGCGGAAAGACGCUUCUCUGCCGGGCGACGGCCGGUUCGGCGGCAAUUGCGCUCGCAGCGGAAGGGGGUGGUGAGUUGAGCUACUUUGAGCUCUCCGGUGGUGACCUGGGGUCGGGACCUGAGGCGGAGAUGAACCUAGAGCGACUGCUCUCGGCAGCCACUACAGCGGCGCCGUCGCUCGUCUUCCUCGACGAUCUCGAUGUGCUCAUCGGUUGCGGCGGUGGUGCCGGCGUCAGCAACGGCAGUAUUGCGUCGCGCCUCUGUGGAUGCCUUGACGCGUUGCCCUCGUUCCGGUGUCGUCCGGAUGCUACGCCACCGUCGUCAUCAGAUGGGUUGAAUCUUGUAGUCGUGCUUGCCACGGUAAGGACCCCCGAUUCGUUGGACACGCGACUUCGGCGGUUGGGUCGCUUUGCGCGGGAGGUCGCAAUUGGCGCACCCGACCGCGCCGCGCGAGAGGCCAUACUUGAUGCGGCACUCCCUCGUCUUCGGGAUCACGAUGUUGCGCUUCAAGAUGUGGUCCGCGCGACGCCCGGUUGGGUCGGCGCAGACCUCGUCGCCCUCGCCGACGAGGCCGGCGCUGUCUGUGCACGACGCGUCAGCGCUGUCUUCGUUGCCCUCCCUAAUGGUGCUAAUAUGCCGCCGUCGCCGCUCCUGGUGACGCAUGCAGAUGUUUUACGUGCGCUCACCACCGUAGAACCAUGCUUUGGCCGGUCGGGCUUCAGCCGUGCACCCGACGUUGACUGGAAGGACGUCGGUGCGCUCGCCGGCGUCCGGGACGAAUUGACGACGUCAAUUCUUGCGCCUAUUGCGGACCCUGAUCGUUUUGCUGCGCUUGGCGUGCCGCUUCCGGCCGGCGUACUCCUCUACGGACCACCGGGCUGCGGUAAGACGCUCCUCGCGCGCGCAGUCGCCCGGGCCUCGGAUGCUAAUUUCAUCAACGUCAAGGGUCCUGAGCUUCUCAAUAAAUAUGUUGGCGAAAGCGAGCGGGCCGUCCGGGCGCUUUUUGCGCGCGCGUCUGCGUCUGCUCCGUGCAUCGUCUUCUUUGACGAGGUUGACGCCCUCAUCCCGCGCCGUGGCGGCCCCCUCGGCGACGGCACGCAGGCUUCCGGCGACUCAAAUGGCGUCACAGAUCGUGUCGUCAAUCAGCUUCUCACGGAACUCGACGGACUUGAGACACGCGGCCAGGUCUAUGUUGUCGCCGCGACGAAUCGUCCCGAGCUUGUUGACCCCGCAUUUCUCCGUCCAGGGCGCGUUGACAAGCUUCUUUUCGUGCCUCUCCCUAGACCAGAGGAACGAGUUUCCAUCCUUGUCGCCGCCACACGCCGUGUUAAGCUCCACGCGGAUGUCAACCUUGCCGCCCUCGGCCAAGACGCCCGCGCCAACGGUUUCUCUGGGGCCGACCUUGCCGCCGUCGUCCGCACCGCGGGCCUCGCAGCCCUAAAACAAGGAAUGAACGAACUCAACCAUGCCCACUUUGACGCUGCUCUCGGCCAGAUACGGCCCUCCGUCUCUAGUGGUGAUGCUGAAGGCUACAACCGGGUCCACACCCGCAUCCGCGGCACGGACAGCGCGUAG